CACCCCCCGGCUCCAGGAUCAGCUGCUCCUCUGCAGUCGGCACGGCAUAGAGAAGUUUACACAUCCAAAGCACUGGGCGACUGCAGACCAGAGCCCUGGGAUGGGGAAGUGGAGCCGGAGCAGCAGCUGCCGGGGGAAGACGCAGCCUACACCAGAGGUCAGCUGCCAGCACCAAGCCCCCCACCAGCCACAGCCAUGAGCAGCUGGAGGAAGGACCACCUGGGCGCCCGCAGCUCGGAGCCCCUGGAGGCCAUCGUUAUCGGCAAUGGUCCUUCAGGCAUCUGCUUGUCCUACCUGCUCUCUGGCUACACCCCCUACGUGAAGCCGGAUGCCAUCCACCCACAUCCCCUGCUGCAGAAGAAGCUCCUCGAGGCACCGGGGGUCUCCAUCCUGGACCAGGACCUGAAUUACCUGUCUGAAGGCCUCGAAGGCCGGAGCCAAAGCCCCGUGGCCCUGCUCUUUGAUGCCCUCCUGCGCCCGGACACAGACUUUGGCGGAGACAUGGAGUCUGUCCUCACCUGGAAGCUCCAGAAGGAGCGAGCCAUCCCCCACGUGGUCCUGGGUCGGAACCCACCUGGGGGAGCCUGGCACUCCAUCGAGGGCUCCAUGGUGACCCUGAGCCAAGGCCAGUGGAUGGGACUCCCAGACCUGCAGGUCAAGGACUGGAUGCUCAGGAAGCGAAGAGGCCUUCGUAACAGCCGAGCCACGGCCGGCGACAUCGCUCACUAUUACAUGGACUAUGUGAACAAGAAGGGCCUGGGCCACAACUUUGUGUCUGGCGCUGUGGUCACAGCUGUAGAAUGGGGGAUACCCGAGCCCAGUGGCGCGGGGACCCAAGACCCCAGCCCCCUCUUCCAGGUGAGCGGCUUCCUGACUGCCAAGGACCAGAGCCAGCAGCCCUUCUCCCUCUGUGCCCGCAACGUGGUCCUGGCCACAGGCACGUCGGACAGCCCGGCCCGACUGGGCAUCCCCGGGGAGACCCUGCCCUUCGUCCACUAUGAACUGUCGGCCCUGGAGGUGGCCGUAAGGGCGGGCACAGUGACUCCGGCCUCGGACCCCAUCCUCAUCAUCGGCGCAGGGCUGUCAGCGGCUGACGCAGUCCUCUACGCCCACCACUACAACAUCCCCGUGAUCCAUGCCUUCCGCCGGCCUGUGGACGACCCCGGCCUGGUCUUCAACCAGCUGCCCAAGAUGCUGUACCCCGAGUACCAUAAGGUGCACCAGAUGAUGCGGGAGCAGUCUAUCCUAUCACCCAGCCCCUACAAGGGCUACUGCAGCCUCCCCGAGCACCGGCUGCUCCUCUUCAAGGAGGACCGCCAGGCCGUGUUCCAGGACCCCAACGGCCUGCAGAAGGUCUUCGGCAUCUCCCUGGUGCUGGUCCUCAUUGGCUCCCACCCCGACCUCUCCUUCCUCCCUGGGGCUGGCGCCGACCUCGCCAUGGACCCUGACCAGCCGCUGAGCGCCAAGAGGAACCCCAUUGACGUGGACCCCUUCACGUACCAGAGCACACAGCAGGAGGGCCUGUAUGCUGUGGGGCCGCUGGCAGGGGACAACUUUGUGCGGUUCGUGCAGGGGGGAGCCCUGGCCGUGGCCAGCUCCCUGCUGAGAAAGGAGGCCAGGAAGCCACCCUAGCGCCCCGCCUGGCACCCUCACACCUAGGCCCUAAAGAGGAGGGGAGGUCACCAUAGCCCUGCUGGACACAAGGUGCCCCAGUGGGGGAAGGGGGCCUCUCCUGGCUUGCGCAACAGUUUUCUCUGACGAAGAGCAGUGGGGAACCCAGGCUGCCUGAACACAGAACAGCACCCCGGGGUGGGAGUAGUGACUGCAGGGCGGCAUAGGCCCAGACCUGCGCUUUGGGGUGAAAGGUGCCAGUGUGAGCGGGGACCACCAGGGCCAGCCGAGCACUGAGCUGGGACUCCAGGCCCGCUCCUUCCAGAAUCAGGUUCCAAAUAAA